GGAUCAUUCUAUGCUAUCUCACGAUCCCUUCCUGUCGAACUCCCUCCUCAUAUUCACCCUGACCAUAGGCUCGGAAACGCCUCUACUCGGUACUGGUGCACCUGAUCGUCUCUCCCGGCGCUAGCUGCGUCCGUUCGCUCCCCACUUUCUCCACAUCCGCCAUAAUCUUCAUUGACCCCUUGAUCCCAUGCUUGAAUACUGGGCUGGACUCCAUCUCAGCAUACUCGGUUGAUCAUGGUUCAAUCAGAAACUACGAGUUCUUAUUUCGUCGGAACUAAGUCGCGCUCUGUUGAGCAAACGCAGCCACGACCUCCAACGCCACCAAGAGAGUCGCCUCGAUCGGCCUCAAAGACGAAAAGAUUGGUAGAAAAGGACUGCUCUGCAGACAGUGCCACCGAGUCUGUUGUGGAGCCCUCUUCGCGAGAGAUCACACCUCCCUCCUCCUCCGGGGAUAACGCGGCUGGGAAACCCAAGAAGCGUGUCGGCUGGUCCCCGUGGACAAAGUAUCAUAAACCAGAUUCACCAUUAUCCGUGACUCCCAUUCGAUCAGCGAUAGAUCCGAAGUCUCUCAAGUCAAUUCUUAAGCCUUACAGUUCUCCGAUACCACUUUUUGACGAUAAACUGGCUUUCGAGCAGUCCGUUCCUGAGUCUUUGCCCAGGAUGCUGGAAUCCAUUAUUCGAGCGCUUGAAUCGAGCGAGCGCAGCAAGAAACUCGACGCUUAUGUUACAUUUUCCAGCAGUAUAAAAGCAUACGAUAGUAUACCGGAUUUAGCAGCCAUGGCAGAGAAACUCCCCUCGUUGUGUUUGUUCAUAAAGCGGGAUUUUGAUGCCAAGCUGGACGAGAGCGGGAAGUCCGACAGUCAGCUCGUUCAGCAAGCUAUUAAGGUAUUGACCGUCCUCGCCUGGACCUCCCGGUUGGCGGAAUCGAUGGAUGAUGGAAUGGCAUCAUGGUUCCUACAAAUCGCUAUAGAGAGGGUACAGGACAGCCAUACACCAAAGCUAAUUGUUAAUCACCUUCUUCAUUUCCUCGCCCAACAGCGGUUCCCACAGCGCAUCAUGACCCCUGAGAGGUCAAAUCAAAUUAUUACGGCACUAGACAGUCUUGAUCAACGCGUUAUGGGAAAAUCUAUUACGAGAGAACGCAUCGACGUCUACUUCAAGUUAUUGUCGCAGGCUAAGCAGAUCAUGCUCGCGAGGGUAAAUGAUUGGAUGGACAAUCUGUUCGGUGGUCUUUUGAGCAGUGUGAAGGAAGUGCGGAAUCGUGCACUAGCCUGUGUGGCGGAAAUCCCAAGAGCCUUGGGGAGUGAGAAAUCUACUGCCCGUUGCUUGAGUAGCAUUUUUAGCAGGGAUGUUGGGAAUGGCAAACGCAUGUUUGAAUUGAUCAAAGAGCGGCUCGAACUUUUUAUUAAGGACGGCGAGGGAGUCUUUGUUGCCCGGAUGUGGGGUAUUGUUCUUCUGCUCAUCCGAGUGACAGCAGCUGAACAAUGGGAGUUCUUCACUCACUGGCUGCGGGUUAUCGAGGGUUGUUUUAACGUAUCGGAUAAGGAUGUGAAGGUAGAAGCCCAGAUGGCGUGGCAAAAACUUAUAUACGCCAUGAAUAUCGGCCCAACCACAGCCCGCAAACUUUUGGAGCUUCUUUGCAAACCUCUUGGACAGUACCUCGAUCCCAAGAAUGCGCUAUCCAACACUAAGCGGCCACGGAUGGCAGCAAUGGUCAAUAUAUCGGUUCUACUUUAUUACGGUUUUCGCCCCAAUGCUCCCCAUAAGCAGCUCUCUGAAAUCUGGGAUGUUGUGGUUGUUGGUUUGCUCGAGCGAUUAGCGCUGUCUAGUAAGGAUGAGGUAGAAGGUGGAUGCAAAAUACUUUCGGCCGUACUUGAAGGUUCCCCUCAGAAGCCUUGGUCCGAAGACCGCGCCUUGAAACCUCCUACUAUGUCACCAAACGAGCUCCCAAGACUUGACCCUAAGUGGGUUAGAUCGAAUAGCGCAACAGUCCUGAGGACAGUUGAAGUUGCCCUCCGACGUACCCCGUGGAAGGCUAGUGAGACCGAUGAUGGCCCGAAGCUCCUUUGGGUCAGGUCCGUCAAGGCGGUGGCCGAUGCUGGCAGUAAGGAAAUCAAAAUAUCGGGAGAUCUGAUUGAUGCUGUGGCUCACCUUCUUGCCCUGUUCCGUCGGAUAUGGAAAGUUGGACCUACGGCCUUCAAUGACUUGAAGGACGGGUCUUCGGAGCCCUUCAUCAAGAAGUUCGUUUUCUUAGUUAAUGCAGCCCUAUCUGCUCUCGGGACGUUGCCGUUCACAGAGAAGCUCUUAUCUCUUGACGAGGAGAACAACUUUGCACCUGCGGCUACUCCUAUGCACAAGUAUUCUUCUGGUAAUAAUUCUACGAUCGUGCAUUCUCCAGUUUUGCACAUGAUCUCCAUGUUUCUUCUACCUACAGAAGGUGUAAUUGUGGAUGAGGAGUAUCACGACUGUGUUAAAGCUGUUCUCUGGAGAUGUUGCAGUUCUCAGGACUCAAGAAGGAAGAAGCUAGCGCUGAUAGCUUCAUGUGCAAGCUUGCUCCCAUACAAAGAUGCCGAUACUUUAGACCUGGGGAUGUGGCAAACACUUGCAGAUUUAGUGGCUCUCUCACUGCCUAUACCGACCCGGGAGAGGAUACUGCUCAGCCCGUCACCAGUGGGAGGAGAGUUCAGAGAUGCGGUGAAAGUGCUUGAAUGGGGUUGCCGGUAUGCUUCUGCUCCAAAGAGAUCCACUCUGGGUUAAUUGCACCAUCACUUACGUUCCGUAUAGUUAUGAUCUGCUGGGGUGGGAGUCACUACUAAGUCGGCUUUGCGAAACUGUGCAAAACGAACAAGGCGAUGUACACCUUGCCAUCGGGAUUAUUGACCCUCUCGCCGAGAUCAUUAAGCAUCAAUCGACCGACCAUGACAGGUUAGUUCCUUCCAUUCUACUCGAACAAGUAACUAAAUCCUUCCUCAUAGGGGUCUUCAACAGUGCAAAUAUCUCAUGAGCAGGGUCCAUUACUCCAAAGCCAAGUCCCACGGAGACGGCGCCACUCGUACACCCUUCGCAGCACUUGGGCGGAAACCGAACACGGCUGAGUAUGUAACCAUUUGUCCAGCUCACGAAUUUUGCGCUAACCUGUCGAUUUCAGCCCGCUUGAGAAGUUAUAUGAUCUUAUAGAUCAUUUUCUACGCAAAUCUUAUUCUUCUAGUGCCGAGGGAAAGGCCCUGUCUGAGGCAAUAGCCUUAUUAGAUAUCCUGGGCGAUCUUUCUAAUAGAUGCCCCUCGAUAUCCCUUGCAGCCCUGCUCAAGCGCACACAGGAGGGGGUCGGCGUGUGGGUCCUUGACUUAGACCACCUGAUUAAGACGAAGGUUGCUAUUAUAUCCUCUACGUUUUCCUCUAUUCUUAUUAAUAUUUCCUAGCACGGUGAGGCCGUUGCACAGGUAAUCAGCGCCUGGAGAAAAAUUACCGAUGCUAUCGCUCGUCUCCCGCAGCACGACGGAAAGAUUCUCGCAGACCUAGCCACCCUCAUCAAGUGCGGUCUUGAGAGUAGGCUCAAACCUAUAGUUAACCUUUCAGUCAAGUCAUGGAACUUGACUUUCGGCGAACAGGAAUCAAUUAUCUAUCCUAAGCGUGUCCGGGGGGCGCUAAAGAGGCUUCGCCCUGUUGCUGACCUAAAGCUUCCCUCGUUCCUUGACGAGUUGGAAGAUGAUGUAUGGACCCCUAUCUUACACUGCCUUUAGUCCACUUGCUGACCUGUCCUAGAUUAUCCCAACCCCUCCACAAUUUUCUGAAUCUCAGGAGGGGCUUGAGGAAUUCAUGCAAGAGAAGGAGGCUUGGACGAGCCCAAGCCCUUCGCGGUCUGUGGCCUCACCCUUUAAGCCCCAAUCGAGGGUUUCUUCGCCCCUGACGGGGCCAAGGGAGGGUUUAUUCGGUUCUCGUCCAAGGCGAUCACUCGGCACGAGAAAUCUACAAAACCCCCCCGCUCGCCCUAAGCAUAUGGAUUCCCAAAUCGAGUUUGCCGCUAUUGAAACUGACCUAAUCGGGAAAGACGGUUUUAUUUCAAAUUCACAGCUUACUGAAAGACAGAAGGAAGUAAAGGAAAGGCAGUCAGAAACCGCAAUCCUCUUCGGAAACCUAAAUGCCAAUUCCACCAGCAAGCGUGGUAGGUUACCAAGAGAUCCUACUAAGGCCGCUAGUAGCCCACAAAGUACACGACUUUCUCGUAGCCCUGCGAAGGAUUCCGGGAGAUCGCGUUUUGGAGAAUCACUUCAAGCCAAAUUUAGUCAAUCGAAUUUCCCAGAAUCACCAUUACCCAAACAUACUGGUAAUCUCAAGGCGCAUGCACCUGAGACUGAUCCUCCUGCAGCUCCAACGGCGGAUACUGCGGUAGAUUCUCCCGGAGCCCUGGACACAGAUGAAAUGAUCGAUGUCGUAGGCGUUGGCGUCUAUGAGGUCGAAACGAGGCAAGGCUCCUCCGGUUCACCCUCUGUUGAGGACGACAAUUUCGUUGACGCCCCGGAAGACCGCAUAUCUAGUGGGGAGGAGGUUGAAGAAGUGCCCAAGAACUCAGCCAACAUUGUCGUUGAAAUAUCUCAUGUCCAAGGCAGCAGGGUUUGCGGCGAGGAAUCCCACCCAGAAUCUCGCUUUAGCCCAGCGUCUUCAGAGAACGAAGAGAUCUCAAAAGUUUGCGAGCCAAAUACAGAAUCAGAUAGCCCUCAAAGUCGGGAAUCAAGCCCUGGGGCCCAAAUAAUGACGGAGGAACGUGCAGCAUCCAAACUUCCAGCAAAGCGUAGACGCGCACGCGCACGACCAAGGCGACGCUCCCUUGUACGAAAGGCCUCCGAAUCACCAAAGAAAGUGUCGGGCACUAUCACCGUCGCCGAACCCGACGCAUGGCAAUCAAAGUCACCCGCAUCGUCCCACCAUGCGUAUGGCGAACACACCGAGUGCCCACCUCAGGUAUCCCAACCCAAUCAAACCUCAUCCCCAUCCAAAAGUUCCAGCUCUCCUAGAAAACCAACAACUUCUGCAAUGUCACCACCAAUCACUAGGUCAUCUGCGAAGAAGGCUGCUAUUGCAAAGCCCCCAGCUUCCACUAGAUGUUUGUUGUCGAAACGCUCCCAUCACUUUUCACACAUUUUACUGACCGGAAUUAGCUACUCGCAAGCGCAAGCUAGAGGCUGUCGAUCAUUACGGCCUAAAUAACGAUGAGAAUCCGAGCCGUGAGUGCCCUUGUCUUGAGUGCCAUGAAGUAUCUUGCUGACUCAAGACUCAGCCGAGAAUUUAGCAACGCCUACACCAAAGCGUCGCAAUACCGCCAGCUUACCCGUAAGACGUACCCGCUCGUCUGCCAAAGAACCAUCCAAAAGUAAUGACAACGGUCCAGAUGUUUCAUUCAUUAAGGAGACUCAGCUCAGUGUCAAUUCGUCAAUUAACAACUCCCAAGACCACGUUGAUGAAAUUGUGGGGCCUACUCCCUACGUUGGAUCGAAGGCGCAUACCCUUUUCACGGAAGGAACUCCGAAAUCCAGCCGAGGAAAGGGCCGAUUAGACUUAACUGAUGCAUGGACCGAGACUGUCGAAGAUACUCCGAGGACCCCUGACACUCCAAGACGCCUGAAAAAGUCGCCAGGCACCCCUAUGCAGUCUCAGGAUGCUAGGCCCAUGAUUGGGUCUGAAAAGGUGGCGGAUCCGGGGCCAUUCAGGAGAAUUGGAGCUUGCAGAAGCUUGUCCACAAAGCAACUAGAAACCAUGCCAGAGCCUACUGGUGGAGAAACUGCUAUUAAUGGACUACAGAAGGCAUUGAGAGCCUUGGAGAGCGCAAGUCUCUCGCCAGACGAAUGCCGUAGAGCGGAGAAUAUCCUAUUUGAUGCAUUCUCUCAACUUCGUCGAAAAGGGACAAAGUAG